CAACCUUCUUCUUCUUCUUCUCUCUUCCUCGUGUCGGCUGGUCCUAGAGGGAACGGGAAGAUCCGAAUGCGAAACAUGCUUUAGAACCCCUGAAGCUGCUUCGAUCAAUUGUCUUUCUUGACCACAUAAAAAAAAAACCGCCUUUUUUUCUCGAGAGGUUAGUCGCAGUUAGAGGUUGAUUUAUAGGGUUUAUCUUCAAUCUACUGCUCUGAUCCAUGCUCGGAUCAGUUUUUUUUUUCGACGACGAUGAUGCCUUUGGCGGUUGUAGGAUAAAAACCCAGUUCUAGAUUUUGCGACCCAUCUUGUAAUUUUUGCCGAUUGGUGUUGUAAUUAACCGAAUCGAUGGAUUUAGACAUGAAUGGGGGGAACAAGCGAGUCUACCACAGACUCGGAGGACCGCCAGCGCCAUCGGACUCGAAGCAGAAGGUCUGUUUCCAUUGGAGGGCCGGACGGUGCAAUCGCUUCCCGUGCCCUUAUCUACACAGAGAAAUCCCGGCGCCGGGUCACGCCACAGCGUCGUCGUCGACGAACAAAAGGGUCGCGGACGAGUCCGGGUUCGCGAGCUCGAGUCACAGGCGAGGUCCUAGGUUUAACGGGAACGGUAAUUCAUGGGGUAGAUUCGGUGGGAGCAGGACGGUGACAAAGACGGAGAAAGUUUGCAAAUUUUGGGUUGAAGGGAAUUGCCCUUACGGAGAAAAGUGCAGGUACUUGCAUAGUUGGAGCAUAGGGGAUAGUUUCUCUUUGCUGACUCAACUAGACGGGCAUCAGAAGCUCGUUAGUGCCAUUGCUCUGCCAUUAGGGUUGGACAAGCUUUACACGGCCAGCCAAGAUGAGACCUUGCGGAUCUGGGAUUGCUCUUCUGGACAGUGCACCGGUGUAGUCAAUCUCGGUGGAGAAGUUGGCUGCAUGAUUAGUGAAGGCCCAUGGCUAUUGGUUGGCAUGCCAAAUCUUGUAAAGGCAUGGAACAUUCAAAACAAUUCAGACCAGAGUCUGACUGGACCUGUUGGCCAAGUAUACUCACUGGUUGUCGGUAAUGAUCUGCUGUUCGCUGGUACACAGGAUGGAUCUAUUUUGGCUUGGAGAUAUAAUACUAUCACUAACAGUUUUGAUCCUGUUGCCUCGCUUAAAGGCCACACACGGGCAGUUGUUUCCUUAUAUGUCGGAGGAAAUAGACUUUAUUCGGGUUCCAUGGACAAUUCUAUAAAAGUAUGGAGUCUCGAUAAUCUUCAAUGUAUACAAACGCUUACAGAGCAUAACUCUGUUGUAAUGUCCCUCAUCUGCUGGGAUCAAUUUCUCCUGUCUUGUUCAUUGGACAACACGGUCAAGGUUUGGGUUGCUACUGAAGGUGGAAACUUGGAAGUGACGUAUACUCACAACGAAGAACAUGGUGUUCUAGCUCUCUGUGGCAUGCAUGAUGCAGAAGCCAAGCCAGUAUUGCUGUGCUCAUGCAACGACAAUUCCUUACGCCUCUAUGACUUGCCUUCGUUUGCGGAAAGGGGCAAAAUUUUUGCGAAAGAAGAGAUAAGAUCGAUCGAGAUAGGUCCAGGGGGCUUGUUCUUCACUGGUGAUGGAAGUGGUCAAGUUAAAGUAUGGAAAUGGAAGACUGACCCAACAGCCACUUCUUCUUGAGCUUGUGAAGCAAAUGAGUAGUAGUUUUGUCCUCAUUGUUUCUCCUUCGGUAAUUAUAGAUUUGCAGGAAGAACCGAGGAUUCGAGAUACCGGAAAGAUUUUUUUUCGUUCUUUCGACUUU